GACACAAAGCUUAGCUCGCUCUCAUGUCCGUGUUUACAAGCGAAGCGUGACGUUCGGGGACUCGUAAGAAUCACGUCUCCUAGCGUAACGUCAACUAAAAGCUCUUCAUUUCACACUGAUACACGUCCGAAAAUGCUGUCACUAAGAGCUUUCCUCAACGACAGAUUGAUGGCAGUAGCAGAUGAGAUCUUCGGAGCUGUCGAAAAGACCAUAGCCGAGUACAAAGAGGAGAUCUUUCGCUCAAAGGAUCUGGAAAUAACUCGUCUAAGGAUGCAACUGAAGCUUCUCAAGUCAGAGCCCGAACUGGAGAGAUGCAUUGAAGCGCAGCUGCAGCAGCACACCCAUCAUCACCACCACCACCCUCCUCCUCAGCAUCAUCAAUCAAACCCUGCAGUGGAAGAGGCUCCUGAGCCCCAGCACUGUGAGGAAGAUGAGGGCAGCAGCAUGGAGCAGGAGCACCCAGAGCCCUCACAAGUGAAGAAGGAGCAGCAGCAGCAGAAGAGCCACAGGGACUUCUGGAUGGGGCAAGAUGCAACAGAGCAGCUGGACAGCCUCGAAUCAGACAUCAAAGACUUCAUCUCAUCUCCCUCCAGUCUGAGAAAUAGUCUGCAGGAUCCCAUUUUACCCUUCCACCCAAACCACAACAAUAAUAACAACAAUGGCAGUGCUGGAGAGAAGCCCUACUGCUGCUCCGUGUGUGAGAAGCGCUUCAGUAACUGCUCGCACCUCGCUGCUCACAUCAGGACACACACAGGAGAGAGGCCGUACAUAUGUGAAAUAUGCAGGAAGACUUUUAUAACAACAAGUGCUCUGAAUAGACAUCAGACUAUACACACUGAAGGGAAACACUUUAUCUGUAAUUAUUGUGGGAAGUCCUUUAAAUGGAUGGAGUCUCUGGGCAGGCACAUCAGGAGUCUGCACAAGAGAGAAAACAUGCCUGUGUGAAGCUUAAAAUUACACUCAUGUCCAAUACCUGUGUGUCUGUACUGUAUCAUGAAUUAUUUUUAGUGUUAGGUGCGAACAAAGAAUGUGAUGUCAGUUGUUUAUCUUUAGUUGUAAGUUAAUGUGCAUGGACCUCAUAAAGCCUUGUGUGCUUGAAUUUAUUUUGUGGUAUAUUUGUGUGAAAAUAUAAUUUCUACAAACAAAUUAUGGCUGAUGAAUUCAGAAUAAAAUGUGAAUCUAUAAAGA